CAGCAGGCUUCAGGAGCAGCCACUCAAGAUGCACUCAGGUGUCCUGGCUGUCUUCCUCUUCUUGAGCUGGACACAGUGUUGGUCCCUGCCCAUUCCCAACGAUGAAGAUGAUGAAGAUUUGUCUGAGGAGGACUUCCAGUUUGCAGAGCACUACCUUAAAUCAUACUACCACCCCCUGAACCCUGCCGGCAUCCUGAAGAAGACUGCAGCAAACUCCAUGGCUGACAGGCUCCGAGAAAUGCAGUCUUUUUUUGGCUUAGAGGUGACUGGCAAACUUGACGACAACACUUUAGACAUCAUGAAAAAACCAAGAUGCGGGGUUCCUGAUGUGGGUGAAUACAAUGUUUUCCCUAGAACUCUCAAGUGGUCCAAAAUGAAUUUAACCUACAGAAUUGUGAAUUAUACCCCUGAUAUGACUCAUUCUGAAGUCGAUAAGGCAUUCAAAAAAGCCUUCAAAGUUUGGUCUGAUGUGACGCCGCUGAAUUUCACCAGACUUCACAAUGGCACUGCUGACAUCAUGAUCUCUUUUGGAACUAAAGAGCAUGGUGACUUCUACCCAUUUGAUGGGCCCUCUGGUCUGCUGGCUCAUGCUUUCCCUCCUGGGCCCAAUUAUGGAGGAGAUGCCCAUUUUGAUGAUGAUGAAACUUGGACAAGUUGUUCCAAAGGCUACAACUUGUUUCUUGUGGCUGCCCAUGAGUUUGGCCACUCGUUGGGUCUUGACCACUCUAAGGACCCGGGGGCACUCAUGUUUCCCAUCUACACCUACACCGGCAAAAGUCACUUCAUGCUUCCCGAUGACGACGUACAAGGGAUCCAGUCUCUCUAUGGUCCAGGAGAUGAAGACCCCAACCCUAAACACCCCAAAACACCAGACAAAUGUGACCCCUCUCUAUCCCUUGAUGCCAUUACCAGUCUCCGAGGAGAAACAAUAAUCUUUAAAGACAGAUUCUUCUGGCGCCUGCAUCCUCAGCAGGUUGACGCGGAGCUGUUUUUAACAAAAUCGUUUUGGCCGGAACUUCCCAACCGUAUUGACGCUGCAUACGAGCAUCCUUCUCAUGACCUUAUCUUCAUCUUUAGAGGCAGAAAAUUUUGGGCUCUGAAUGGUUAUGACAUUCUGGAAGGUUAUCCCCAAAAAAUAUCCGAACUAGGAUUUCCGAAAGAGGUUAAAAAGAUAAGUGCGGCUGUUCACUUUGAGGAUACGGGGAAGACUCUCUUCUUCUCGGGGAAGCAGGUCUGGAGCUAUGACGAUACUAACCACACAAUGGAUAAAGACUACCCCAGACUAAUAGAAGAGGAAUUCCCAGGGAUUGGUGACAACGUAGAUGCUGUCUACGAGAAAAGUGGUUACAUCUAUUUUUUCAAUGGGCCUAUACAAUUUGAAUACAGCAUCUGGACUAACCGUGUUGUUCGUGUCAUGCCAGCACACUCCCUCUUGGGGUGUUAAGCAUCUUUUAAAUAUUGUUAUCUAAAUCCUGAAGAACGUUUGGGAUAAUACUUCCAAGGGUAUGGGAUGGGGGGCAGGGAGCGGGAAAGAUAUCAGGGGAAAGCUUCGUUCUGUGAACAAGCUUCAGUAAGUUAUCUUUGAAUAUGAAAUAUCUAUAUGGCUGUAUGUGGCUGGAACCACAUUGAAUCUUCAGAUGAUGAAAUUCAGUAUCUCUAAGGAUCACUUAAUUCUUGUGUGUGAUAUAGAAGCAAUUAUUGGUUAUAUGUCCCACAUCAAAAAUGGAACAUAUGGUCUGUCAAAGAGACUUAGCAUAAUUUUUAAUAUAUUUAUAAGAAAAAUUUGCAAGGCAUAAAUCACACUUAUGUAAUUAAUAAAUCAUCUUUGUCAAAAAUUAUAAAAUAGUAUCAAAAUAGAAUUUGGGAAACCAUAUGGUAGCUACAGAAGAACAAAUAUAAACCAAAGGGAAAUGUCUGUCUGUAAUAAAUAUAUUGUAAACAACUGUACAAAAAUAGUAUGGGUUUUGUGUUGAAAAUAUUUGUAACAUUUGAAAAUAUAACAAACACUAAGGACAUAUCAGAGUUACUGAUAAGAUGGGAGACAGAGACUAAUAGUGAGGACAGUAGAUGUGACCUUUGGAUUCUGUUUAAUUUUCAUUUUUGGCAAUGACUCAAUGGCUACUCUCAAAGAAGACAAAUAUAUCUUUGCAUAUUUAUAGAAGAUAAAGAAAAUCUCUCUGUAUUCAAAUAUUUCAGGUCUUUCAAAAAUAUCAAAGUAUUAAAAUUGUUAUCAAAAUGAUUUAAGACCACAGCAUCACUUUCUCAUAAAUUAUCCGAUUAAGACAAAAAGUAGCACUUUUAUCCUAUUUUUAUUUUAAUUGUCUAGUUUACUUGGGAUAUGUAGGCUGUACAGAUAUAGACUAAAAUGUACUAUUCAUAUAUUUGAAGGAUAUAUAUUAAAAUAGAGACACCCAAAAGAAAGAAAACAGUUUAAAUAGACUGUAGUCCUCUUGAGGAUAUGCAACAGUGCUUUUUUCUUUCAUUUUUUCGGUCGAAUCCCUCAGAACCUUCCACAGGGCCUGGCGCCUGGCAUUUGCUGAGCAUACAAAUGGCCAUCGAGGGAAGGGCAUUGUGCUAAGGGACCUUGUUUAUAAAAACUCAGGCAAAGGAAAUAAAGUGUGUUAUACUUGCAAAAUGUAUUAGGAAAUAUUUAUAUUGUUUAUAAUAAAAAGAUAUUUUCAACAAA